AUGAUUCGUCGAAUCCAGCCGUUAUUUGGCUUGGCCAAAACAACUACCACUUCAACCGGAUGUCGGAGUCUCUCUUAUGUGGUUGAUCGUAAGGUUUUUUCAAAAUUUUUUUUUUAUUUUUCAUCAUAAUUUUUUCACUUCAAAAUCCGACCAAAAGUCAAUUUCCGCAAAGUCCCCCUCACCGCACUGUGCAAGGAUGUCAAAAAAUUCGCACAGUGCAAAGAAGUUUGUGCAGUCUCCGCCCACUUGAGUCCUUUUCAGAGUUUCCGCUUCAAAAAUUAGCGACAACCCGUCGCACAUCCAAAAUCGCUGCGAUUUGCCCCCGCGACAUCAAAUUUGUCGCUGGUUUUGCCAAAAUUUGGUGCGAUUCCUUUGCAAAAGUGAAUGCGAGAGAGUGUGCGAUUGAAGGAGAACGGAAAAGAGGGGAAAAGAAAAGUCUGCUUUUUGAAUUGAAGAGAAUCGGGAAUGCACGGUGCGGGUGAAACAAACAAAAUUGAAGGUGCACUGUGCAGUUGGGUUUGAAUGCAGAAAGGGUUUCUUGGCUCCGAAUUUAUGAAAAUUUGCAUGUCGUCUUGUCAUUACUGUUUAUUUAUUUACUGAAUAUUUUUUAGCGACCCUCGGGCUAAAUCAAGAUCAACUCGAAAUCCAAAAGUUGGCCAAAGAUUUUGCCAAAAACGAACUUUUCCCAGUGGCCGAACAAUGCGAUCAACAGGUAAGAAGAAUUUUUUUUUAGCAUUCUUCAGUUGUUUCGUAUCAAAGCCCAUAAAAUUUUAUUUGCGUUCAGGAACAACUCCCUUUGGAUAAGCUCAAAAAAGCCGGAGAUGUGGGCUUCGGAGCGAUUUAUUGCUCCGAGGAGCAUGGAGGAACCGGACUCUCUCGAUUCGACGCUUCCUUGAUCUUUGAACAGCUGUCAAUGGCCGAUGCGAGUACGGCCGCGUACAUUAGUAUCCAUAAUAUGGUAGCUGCGAUGAUUGAUACCUACGGGUCAGAUGAAAUCAAAGCAAAAUACCUGCCCAAAAUGGCCUCUUUUGAAUGGCUGGGAAGUUAUUGUCUUACCGAGCCGGAUUCUGGUGAGUAAUUUUAUUUUGUUUAUGGUAAUAACCCCAAAAAUUCUCCAAAAAUUUUUUGCAUCAUCCUUUAGGUUCUGACGCCGCUGCUCUCAAAACGAACGCCAAAAUCGAUGGUGACCACUAUGUAAUCAACGGAUCCAAAGCUUUCAUCAGUGGCAGCGGAGAUUCCAAAGUUUAUUUGGUAAUGUUACGUCAUCAUGGGCAGCCCGGCCCUAAGGGCAUUUUCUGCCUGCUGGUCGAAAAUGAUCGUCCCGGCUUUAGCGUAGGCAAAAAGGAGAGGAAGUUGGGCUGGAACACCCAACCAACUCGAAUUAUCACCUUCGAAGAUUGCCGGGUUCCGAUCAGUAAUCGGAUUGGCGGCGAAAACCAAGGAUUUAAUAUAGCCAUGGCGGGGUUGAAUGGAGGAAGAGUCAACAUUGCGUCCUGCUCGUUGGGGGCAGCACAGGCCAGCUUCGACGCCGCGAUUGAUCAUGUCCAGGUAGGUGAGACAAGAAUAAAAAGUUUUCUAAAAAAGUAUCAAGAAAAUGGCUAGAAUAUUUGAUCUUUUUGCUUUAGCUUACGUUCAAAAUAGCUAACUUCCGUAUCCGAUAUCCCUUCUAUGUUCUUACAGAUCCGAAAACAAUUCAAUCAACCGAUCGGUGACUUCCAGUGGACUCAAUUCAAACUGGCCGAGAUGGCCACUAAACUGGUCUCUUCGAGGCUGCUUAUCAGGAACGCAGCCGAUCAUUUGACCAGGAAAACUCCUCAUGCCGCUUCGUUAUGCGCCAUGGCAAAACUUCAUGGGACGGAUGAGUGCUUUAAUGUGAGUUUCGAGAGCUACAAGGACCUGAUCCAGUGGCAUAAAACGUGCCAUUUUGCAUCCGGAAAGUAUCAAAAAUGUGGCAAAAUACCUCCCUCUUCAAGUGAAAAAACUCCGCGAUUUUAAACGCGUGCCCGCUUUUUUUGUGAGAAAAAGGGCGCGCCCUUCAAAACAAAGUUUUUUCACUUGGAGAGGGAAGCAUUUUGCCGCAUUUUUUGAUGCUUCCAGGAUGCAAAAUGGUACGUUUUUUGCCACUGAAAAUUUUACUCCAAAUUCUUCCAGGUGGUGAACCAAGCGCUCCAAAUGUUCGGAGGAUACGGUGUGCUCAAAGAUUAUCCCAUUGAGAAGCAUUUGAGAGAUUGCCGAGUCCAUCAGAUCAUCGAGGGCACCAACGAAGUGAUGAGAAUGAUCUUGGGAAGAGAUGUUUUAACCAAAGAAAAGUACUCAUAA